AUGGGAAGAAGACCCCCUCUUGAAAACAUCAUAGUAAUACACCCAUUUCUUCAUUUCUCAUUUUUCUUAGCAAGUUUUGUUGCUUCCAUUGCCAUAAUCACAGCUAUAUGCAGUGUCCGAUUUCUGAGAAAAUCACAACCAGAUCCACCACAAGCUCAACCAUUAGAUUUAUCUAAAGAUUCGAAUGAAACCAGUCCAUCGCCAGCAUCACCGCAACACGCAGAAGAACAUGAACCAGAACAUAAAAAUUCUACUCCCGUUGAACAAAAACAAGAAACAGAAAACAAUGAGUUUUUGAUGAAAGAGUUACCUCUUCCACCUGCAAUGUUACAACCAAAAGAAUCGCUUUCUGGCAUUAAUAUGAAAAAGGUAGCUUCAGAACGAAAAACUUCUUUUAGUUUAAGCCUAAAAAUGCCGAGGAAUUUGUCGUUGGCCAAGAAUUGGGACCAAAUAAAGGAGGAUAUAAAUAAAGUGAAGCCGAAAACAGAAGAAUCUGUUUGGAUGAAAACGAUUAUAUUAGGUGAAAAAUGUAACCCUGAUGAUGAAGAUGAUCCUGUCAUUUUUGAAGGAAAAGGGAAGAAAAUCGCAGCUUAUCAUCCUAAAAGCUAUAGCACUAUUUCUAGACAGUGUUCUUUUCUUGAUCCUGAUGCAUUGUGUGUAUCACAAUCUCAAACACAAGAAGACGUAAUCAAUAGUGACAAAUAA